AUGUCGUCCGUUAUCAACUCGAGCAUGGCUUCGCGCCGUCGCGCGGCCAAGAAGGGUGUCUCUUUCUGUCUCAUGGUCGUAGGCGCCUCGGGUACAGGCAAGACCACCUUCGUCAACACUCUCUGCGAGUCAGAGGUGAUUGGUCACAAGAUCAGCGACAACCCUGAGACAGCCCACAUUGAAGAAGGCAUUCGCAUCAAGCCCGUCAAUGUCGAGCUCGAAGAGGAUGGCAUGCGCAUCGGUCUCACUAUCGUCGACACACCUGGCUUCGGCGACAACAUCGACAACGAAUAUGCCUUCUCGGAGAUUGUCGGCUUCCUCGAGCGACAAUACGAUGACAUUCUCGCAGAGGAGUCGCGAAUCAAGCGUAACCCACGUUUCCGCGACAACCGUGUCCAUGCCCUUCUCUACUUCAUCACACCCACCGGCCACUCGUUGCGCGAGGUCGACAUUGAGCUCAUGCGCCGACUGUCUCCUCGUGUCAACGUCAUCCCUGUCAUCGGCAAGGCAGACUCGAUGACUCUCACUGAGAAGCAAGAGUUCAAGAAGCGCAUCAUGGAGGACAUCGAGCACUACGGCAUUCCCGUGUACAACUUCCCGUACGAUGUCGAGGAGGACGACGAGGAGACCAUUGCAGACAACUCGGAGCUGCGUGGUCUCAUGCCUUUCGCCAUUGUCGGCUCGGAGGAGGAUGUCAUUGUCAACGGCGAGCCGGUUCGCGCACGCAAGUACCCUUGGGGUAUCGUCGAGGUGGACAACCCGCAGCACUCCGACUUUGCACGCCUUCGAUCCGCCCUGCUCAACACACAUCUCACCGAUCUCAAGGAGAUCACCCACGACUUUCUCUACGAGAACUACCGUACCGAGAAGCUCUCGAGAACCGUGCACAGCGACUACGCCGACACUUCCAUUCCAGGCGAAGAGCUUGCCAACCAGUCGGUCAGGCUCAAGGAGGAACAGCUUAAGCGCGAAGAGGACAAGCUCAAGGAGAUCGAGCUCAGAGUGCAGAGGGAGAUCCAGGAGAAGAGGCAAGAGCUCUUGGCGAAGGAGGAGAGCCUCAGGAACCUCGAGACACGACUCCAGGCUCAGAACCUCAACGAGUAG